GUCGCGUAAUUACGUCAUCUUUAAGCUACACAAGUGUGGCUGACAGCAAGAAGCCACACGUUUACAGGAGACUUUAUUGUUGCUGGGAUAAACGUCCUAUCUACAUUUGAUCCCAGAAGAUGUCUUCACUCCUCAAAGUGGACAGUGAAAUUAAAACCAAGGUUGAUGCAUUCAGGGAACGGAUCACAGCAGAAGCAGAGGAUCUAGUUGCAAAUUUCUUUCCAAAGAAAUUACUGGAACUUGAUUCUUUUCUUAAGGAUCCAAGCAUAAACAUUGUUGAGCUGAAAGACAUACACUCAGAGAUUAACCUGACAGUACCCGACCCCAUCCUAAUCCCAAACCUUCACGACGGACUGGAGGCACAAAACGCCAAAAAGAGGAAGCUUGAGGAUGGGAGUGGAGAGGACAAAAUGACCGGAACCAAAGUCUUUGUCAUGCCUGGUGGAAUGAUGAAGAGCAAUGGGAAUCUUGUUGAUCUCAUAGAAAAGGUCAAGCCGGAGAUCAGGACGCUCAUAGAGAAAUGUAACACAGUCAAAAUGUGGGUUCAGCUGCUCAUCCCAAGGAUAGAGGAUGGCAACAACUUUGGAGUCUCAAUUCAGGAGGAGACAGUAGCCGAACUCCGAACAGUUGAAGGAGAGGCAGCCUCUUACCUCGACCAAAUAUCGAGGUACUACAUAACGAGAGCAAAGCUGGUUUCAAAAAUAGCAAAAUAUCCGCAUGUGGAGGACUAUCGGCGCACGGUAACAGAAAUUGACGAGAAGGAGUACAUCAGUCUGAAAAUCAUCGUAUCAGAGCUCAGAAAUCAAUACGUAACGUUGCACGACAUGAUCCUGAAGAAUAUUGAGAAGAUCAAGAGGCCAAGAAGCAGUAACUCAGACGCAUUGUACUGAUGGAGAUCGCCGCCCCGUCCUUUCAGUCUCGUGUUAUGCCUGAUGUUGAACUACAGUAGCCUGGCUUUUUUUUCUCAAAGUUCAAGACAUUCAUCGUGUUCAAUACAAUCAGAUGUUCAGUAUGUAAACAAAGCUACAUUUUUGUUCUAAUUGUAAAAUAUUUUGUUGUUUUAAACCGUUCAAAGACUUAAAUAUCCUCCAAGGUAAUGGAUCAUAAAGCGCUAUGUAUUUUUUAAUUUUAAUUAAAUUUCUCGUCCUCAGACUGUUAUAGUGCCUCUGUUUGUCAUAUUUGUUCUAUGUCUCAACAGCAAAUUCAUUUUGUCUUGUGUCCAGCCUCUGGUGUUUUACGAGGAACUGCAACACAAAGUGGGUCUGGAGUUUUAGAGUUUAGAGCACUCGUUAGGCUUAUCAGAUUGAGGCUUUUUAGUGGAAAUGUCUGCCACCAAAGCAUCGCAUUGUUGGCACAGUGCUGAAUAAAAUCCUUCUUCGUAUGGUC